CGGAAAUACUUUUGCACCGGCUAUAUUGUCACACGCACUUCACCAAUGCAGUGAAGUAUUGCAUUGUAUUGCAUUGUAUUAGGUACAGAAAGUGGAUAUUUAGCGUUAUUGAAAGUGACGUGCAAAAGGGAAAAGCGUCUGCAACUGCUCUUGUAAACAUGAAGCUGAACAUCGAGGGUUUGCUGGUGUAUUUCCCCUAUGACUACAUAUAUCCGGAACAGUACUCGUACAUGCUAGAGCUGAAACGGACACUGGACGCCAAGGGCCAUGGCGUUCUGGAGAUGCCGUCUGGAACCGGGAAAACCAUCUCUCUGCUGUCUCUUAUCCUUGCGUAUCAGAAGGCCUACCCUCUGGAGAUCACCAAGCUGAUCUACUGCUCGCGGACGGUGCCUGAGAUCGAGAAGGUGGUGGAGGAGCUGAGGAAGCUGAUUGAGUUCCACUGCAAGGAGACCGGAGAGGCCAACAACUUCCUGGCCUUGGCCCUGUCCUCCAGGAAGAACCUCUGCAUCCACCCCGAGGUGAGUGCCCUACGCAUCGGGAAGGAGGUUGACAGGGGGUGCCACUCGCUGACGGCCUCGUACAUCCGGGCGAAGCGUCACAGUGACCCCAGCCUGCCCUUCUGUCGCUUCUACGAGGAGUUUGACUCUAUUGGCCGGCAGGUUCCCCUGCCCCCCGGGGUGUACAACCUGGACGACCUGAAGGAGUUUGGCCAGAAGAAGGGCUGGUGUCCGUACUUCCUGGCCCGCCAGGCCAUCCUCCAUGCCAACAUCGUGGUGUACAGCUACCACUACCUCCUGGACCCCAAGAUAGCAGACCUGGUGUCCAAGGAGCUGACCAAGAAGGCUGUGGUGGUGUUUGACGAGGCCCACAACAUCGACAACGUGUGUAUCGACUCCAUGAGUGUGAACAUCACCAGGCGGACCCUGGACCGUUGCACCAGCAAUGUGGAGACCCUCCAGACCACCAUACAAAGGAUAAAGGAGACGGACGCGGCCAAGCUGAAGGAGGAGUACCGGCGAUUGGUCGAGGGGCUGAAGGAAGCCAACGUUGCCAGGGUAACGGAUGUUUACCUUGGCAACCCGGUCCUUCCCGCUGAGGUUCUUCAAGAGGCGGUUCCGGGCAGCAUCCGCACGGCGGAGCACUUUGUGGGCUUCCUGAAGCGCUUCCUGGAGUACCUGAAGUCCCGCCUGCGCGUGCACCACGUGGUGCAGGAGAGCGCCCCCCAGUUCCUCAAGGACAUCUUCCAGAAGGUCUGCAUCGACCGCAAGCCCCUCAGGUUUUGUGCGGAGAGGUUGCGGUCGCUCCUCAGGACCCUGGAGAUCUCUGACCUCACAGACUUCUCCGCCAUCACUCUGAUCUCCAACUUCGCGACGCUUGUGAGCACCUACAGUCAGGGGUUCACCAUCAUCAUCGAGCCUUUCGAGGAUCGAACCCCCUCCAUCGCCAACCCAGUGCUGCACUUCAGCUGCAUGGACCCGUCAAUCGCCAUCAAGCCCGUCUUCGAGAGGUUCCAGUCGGUCAUCAUCACGUCCGGGACUCUCUCCCCGCUGGACAUCUAUCCAAAAAUACUGGACUUCCGCCCCGUUACCGUGGCGUCCUUCACCAUGACGCUGGCGCGGACCUGCCUCUGUCCCCUGAUCGUGGGCAGGGGGAACGACCAGGUGGCCCUGAGCUCCAAGUUUGAGACCAGAGAAGACUUUGCUGUGAUCCGUAACUACGGCAACCUGCUGCUGGAGAUGUCCGGGGUGGUCCCUGACGGCAUCGUGGCGUUCUUCACCAGCUACAUGUACAUGGAGAACAUCGUGGCGUCCUGGUAUGAACAGGGAAUCCUGGAGAACAUCCAGAGGAACAAGCUGAUCUUCAUUGAGACGCCAGAUGCUGCAGAGACCAGCAUGGCUCUGGAGAAAUACCAGGAGGCAUGUGAGAACGGGAGAGGAGCCAUCCUUCUGUCUGUGGCCCGAGGAAAAGUGUCGGAAGGAAUCGAUUUUGUGCACCACUUUGGUCGGGCAGUGAUCAUGUUCGGAGUCCCUUAUGUUUACACACAGAGCCGCAUUCUGAAGGCGCGUCUGGAGUACCUCCGGGACCAGUUCCAGAUCCGGGAGAAUGACUUCCUGACGUUCGACGCCAUGCGCCAUGCGGCCCAGUGCGUGGGCCGGGUCAUCAGGGGCAAGACGGACUACGGACUCAUGAUCUUCGCUGACAAGCGCUACGCCCGGGCGGACAAGCGGGGGAAGCUGCCCCGCUGGAUCCAGGAGCACAUCAGCGACGGCAGCCUGAACCUCACGGUGGACGAGACGGUGCAGCUCUCCAAGCACUUCCUGAGGCAGAUGGCCCAGCCCUUCAGACAGGAGGACCAGCUGGGUCUGUCACUGCUGACGAUAGAACAGCUGGAGUCAGAGGAAAUGCUGAAGAAGAUCAGCCAAAUGGCUCACCAGGCCUGACCACAUGCAAUCCAUGCUGUCACCAUGACGACACUGGGACUACGUUGCUGCUAGGCAACAGCUGUCAGGGGUACGCUGGUCCCCUCGAACAGACUCGAAGUGGUCUGGGAGCGUUUGCUGGAGUCUACUUGGAGACCCUGCUCUGUGGGGUUGAACUGAAUCAGGGAAAGUCGUGUGCUUCCUGGUGAUUUUGAGUCACAUAUCCACAAAUUCAUUUCUGUAAUUCAUUUCAACUUAUUUUGCUGCUGCUCUGGUGUGAUGCGUUAUAUCACUCCAGAUCUUAAAAAUAAGUACUUUUUUCUGUUAUCAAAAUUAUGAAUACACUUAAAUACAUUGAGCUAAAUGUCAGAUUUGUAAGGAUUUAGUAUGCAAAUCAACCUAUCAAUGCUCUUGGGAAAGUAUUUAUUCCAAAUUGUGUUUAUAGAGUCAAGGAACAGGACAUUUAAAGCAGGGUACCUACGUUAAAACAAGUGGGCCAGUGGUUGAAAAAGGUGGUUGUAUGACUUUGUCUCCUCACUCUGAUCUCUUCAGUAUUACUAAUCACCGUUAAACGAAAUUAGCAGCGGCAAGCUGUCACUUUAUUAAAAAGUGUUAACUAUCUGUGCACAUUUGCAGUUCGUUUUAAGGCAUUCACCAAAACAUCAGUGACAUCAAUGUGCCAGCUAGCACACCGUAUUAAUAACGUUACAUUCACGUGUUUUGACCACUCCUCAAAGAGCAACCAAACGCUGAAGACAUCGUGGGGGAACGGCGUGCUGGUUUCUGAUUGGUCUCGUCAUCUUAUGAAUGGUGAAGUCGUGUGUCGGCCAAUUAGAAGCAGCAGUUGCGAUGCGCUGUUCCAUCAGUGGUGGUGCUGGUCCCUUGGUUUGAUUUAAGGGAUUGGUAGCUCUUCAAUGGAAUCUAAAUAUGUUUUACGAGUACACAAGUGGUUUUCUAACUUGACCAAGCCUGGUGUUGGUCAAGUGUCUGUCGUACAGAUACUUUUGUUGAAGUGAGAUUUCCUGCGUUGUUUUCGCAGCUGUACAUAGAUGUCUUUUUAUAAAAAUAUAUUUGUAUCUGUUUUUCAACCCGAAUCCUCAAAUACAAAAUGUUUUUCUUUACUCACA